AUGAAAAGUAUAGUAUUAGUUUAUCUGCUGUUUAUUACUGUUGCUUAUAGUCAAUCAGCUUGUGAUGAAGUAUCCUUCGUUAAUCGAACUGGAUGGGGUGCACGAGAACCAACUUCAAUAACAAAUCUAACAACAAAACCUCUUUCAUUCUUUGUUAUUCAUCAUGCUGAAGAUCCUUCAAGUUGUUAUGAUGAUGAAUCAUGUAUUGAACGAGUGAAAGAGAUUCAAAUUUUUCAUCAAAAUAGCCAAAAUUGGGUAGAUAUCGGUUAUCAUUUUCUAGUUGGUGAAAAUGGUAAAAUUUAUGAAGGUCGAGGAUGGAAUCGUCAAGCUGCUCAUUCACCUGGUUGGAAUAAUGUUGCAUACGGCAUUUCUUUCAUUGGUAAUUUCCAUGCAUCAAGUCCAAAUGAAAAAGCAUUAAAAACGGCACGUUCAUGGAUUAAUUGUGGAGUUGAACGAGGUUAUGUCACAAAAGACUUUUAUGUUAUUACUCAUCGACAAUCACAACGACCAGGCUAUACUACAUGGUAG